AUGUAUGGUGAUUCCCGAGCAUACUCGGCGGAUUCGAUUGCUAUAUUUCCUUCAACUUCGCAACCCAAGAGAGAAGAGAUUGCAAAGAGCAAAGAACCGUCGAUGGACUCUGAGAGUAGAAUCAACUUUCAUGACUACAGACAGUAUCAGCACUACCAGAACAAUUCUGGGUUGUUGAGGUUCCGCUCAGCUCCGAGCUCUUUGCUUGCAAGUUCCACAGAUGGGGUUGUUAAGAAUUGCAAUUCGAAUCAAGAACAUCAAGGGUUGAAUUCAAGAUUUAGUUCCUCUACCAGGAAUGGAACUUUGAUUUCAGAGAGUUUUCAUGAUUUGGAAGAUAAUAAACCUUUGGAUAAUGGGUCUUAUUCCUUGAGUUCACAAUACCCACCUCAGUAUCCGAGACAAGUUACAGGAACCCAAGUGUAUGGUGUGGAUUAUAGGGUUGUGAGUUCAAUGGGAAUGGAACAUCAGGGGCAAGGAAAAUUGGGUUCCAAUCUCAUGAGGAAAAAUAAUUCCCCAGUUGGGUUUUUCUCUCACCUCACUGCUCAAAAUGGCUAUGCCACGAUGAGAGGUAUUGGAAACUACAGACUGGAAAAUGGUUCUAAUGAUGAUUUAAGUCCACCAUCAAGCAGGUUGAAAGGUCAGAUGAAUUUCUCCUCCAGGGUACCAUCUUCCUUGGGAAUUUUGUCUCGAAUAUCUGAAAAUGAGAGUGAAAACAUUGCGGUGAGUGGUCCUGAGGGUGAAAGGCUUGGAAAUGGCAAUGGAGAGACUCAAUUUUCCAGCUUUGGAUACCCAUUUGGUUCAUGGAAUGAUUCGUCACAGUUCACACCGAGUUUCACUGGCCUGAAGGGGGAGAGAGACGAUGAUGGGAAAUUAAUUGCUGCUAUUCAGAAUGGGGAGCUAGGAAAUCACAUGCCUAUUUUGUCACACCACUUAAGUUUACCAAAGACUUCAGCUGAAAUGACUGCCAUGGAGAAGUUACUACAAUUUCAAGAUUCUGUUCCCUGUAAAAUCCGUGCAAAGCGAGGUUGUGCCACUCAUCCACGAAGCAUUGCAGAGAGGGUAAGAAGAACUCGGAUCAGUGAACGAAUGAGGAAACUGCAAGAGCUUGUUCCAAACAUGGACAAGCAAACGAACACAGCAGAUAUGUUAGAUUUGGCUGUUGAGUACAUUAAAGACCUUCAAAAACAGUACAAGACUCUUAGCGAUAAUCAGGCAAGUUGCAAAUGUUCCAGUAUGCAGAAGUCAGACCCUAAUCAAACAGUUUGA